AUGUCUAAGCCGUCAAUCCUCCUCGUUCCAGGCUCAUUCGCCUUGCCCGAGUUCUAUGAGCCGGUCAUAAAUGCUGUGGCCGAGAAAGGUUACGAAAUUCAAGGCCUCCAUAAGCCCAGCGUUGGGCCUACGAGCGGAAAAGCUCGGGAAGGAGUGGCACCACCAACCAUGUACGACGACGCCGCCUUCAUUGCCGGUGAGGUUGAGAAACUCGCAAAUCAAGGGAAGGACGUGAUUCUUCUUGCUCACUCGUACGGAGGCGUGCCCGUGACGCAGAGCACGAAGGGGCUGAGCAAGAAAGAGAGGCAGAGAGAGGGCAAGGAGGGUGGGAUUGUGAAUCUGGCGUAUAUGACUUGUCUGGUGCCAGCCGUGGGGCAGACAGCGAAGGAUGUUCUGGCGACUGUGCCCCAGGAGCAGCAGUUGGAUCUGAAGAUUGAUGAAAACGGCUGGAUGUAUCAUGAUCCAGUCGAAGCAUCGGCGGCCCUUGUGUUUUCGGAUAUCCCGAAGGAAGAAGGGGAGGCUUGGAUUAGGAAAUUCCCCCGACACUCCUCUCUCAGUUUCAUCGGCGAAGUGACCCAUGCCGGAUACAAAGACAUCCCUGUGUCGUACCUGCUCUGCGAAAACGACCUGUGCAUUCCAGCAAACGUCCAGAGAGAUGGGAUUGACUUAGUUGAGAAGGAGAGCGGGAGGAAGGUCGAUGUGACCAGUAUUAAGGCUGACCAUUGCCCCAUGGCUGCCCAGCCCGAAGUAGUGAUUGAGUGGAUUUUGAACGUUGCAGCAAAGUAUUAA